AUGUCAUCACCAACUACAAAGAGACAGGCUACUAGGAAGAAGAAUGUGCAAUCUGAAAGUGCUCAACAUUCACAGACCACAACUACAAAGUCCCAAUCAAAAAGCUCUGAAGGAGAUACUGAAAAAUCUGGAGUGGGGCGAAAGAAUGUAAAGCGAAAACUUGACACAAGCAGCACAGGCCCAUGUCUGAAUGUUCAACUUAGGGAUCCACACGACACUCUCGCAGAUUUUCAAGAUGAAGAAGAAGAGGAAGAGGAGGAGGAAGCUGUGGAAGAGGAUAACUCUGAUCAUGUGGAGCCUGAUGUGGAAGAAGAGAAUGAUAAUGAUUCUGCUGAUCCGAAAAGAACAAUUUCCUUCAACUCUAAUGAACAACCGAUUGGUGAUCCAUCUGUGCAACUUGCCAGUGUGCUAGGGGUGCUUGUUCGGAAACUUCCAUUAACGUACAAGGAUUGGAGACUUGUCCCUUAUGAAGCCAAAGAAAACAUAUGGAAGAUAGUCUCGAACCGAUUCAUUGUGCCUGAGUAUUACAAAGACUAUUAUUUCAGCAAGAUGGGAACUUAUCUUAGAGAAGCAAGGUCAAGGAAAGCUGGUUUGGUACUCGACGCUUUGGAUCGGCUACAAGGGGAAGAAAAAAAGAAACGGAUGGAGAAGUUAAUGCCCAGGACCAUGACAGUUAGGGAGUGGGAAGAGUUUGUGAAACAUGUAGACUCUAUUGAAUUCAGAUCUGUCAAAUGA